CGCAGCGGUUAGGGUGGCGCGCACACCAAAGCGCGCGCGUGCCCGCCGGAUCGCUGUCCCUAAGAACUGAGGGGGAGGGGAGCGCUAGCAGGUUUAUGUCGAGCCAGGCCUGGGCCGCCGCGCCAGACAGAGCGCUGAGUCUUAAUCUCGAUCUGGCGACAGCGGCCGCUACGGAAAUGGCCGAGUUGUCGAAGGCCUCCAAUUCUGCCUUGGCCGCUGGCGGUCUCUCUAUGUCGCUGAUUGAAUCAGAACUGUAUUUCCUCAUAGCUCGCUUCUUGGGCGCUGGGCCUUGUAGAAAAGCAGCCGAGGUGUUGGUGCGAGAACUGGAACAAUAUCAGUUGCUUCCUAAACGAUUGGAUUGGGAAGGAAAGGAGCAUUACAGACGUUAUGAAGACCUGGUAUUAUCUAACAAACAUGUGGCUCCAGACCAUUUGUUACAAAUUUGUAAGCGAAUCGGUCCUCUAUUGGAUAAGGAGAUUCCACCCAGCAUUCCAAGAGUGAAUUCAUUGUUGGGUGCUGGGAAACAGUCCCUGCUGCGAACAGCAAAAGAUUGCAAAUAUACAAAUUGGAAAGGCUCAGGUAUUGCUGCUCUCCAUAGAGGAAGACCACCUGAAAUACCUAUUAACUGUGGCAGAAAACCAAGUCUAGUGGAAUUAAAUUAUGCAAAACAAUUGACUGGAUGUACACGAUACAGUUGUUCAUUCCCAGAAAAUAUGUACCAACAUAUAAAGAUGCAUAGACGGAUUCUUGGUCAUCUUUCUGCAGUCUAUUGUGUAGCAUUUGAUAGGACUGGACAUAGGAUAUUCACUGGAUCAGAUGACUGCUUGGUAAAAAUUUGGUGCACACAUAAUGGUCGGUUAUUAGCUACCCUAAGAGGCCAUUCAGCAGAGAUCUCUGAUAUGGCUGUGAACUUUGAGAACACAAUGAUUGCAGCUGGUAGUUGUGAUAAAAUUAUCAGAGUUUGGUGUCUUAGAACAUGUGCCCCAAUUGCUGUUUUGCAAGGUCACACAGGAUCAAUUACAUCUUUACAAUUCAGCCCGUUAGUCAAAGGUUCAAUAAGAUACAUGGCGUCCACAGGUGUAGAUGGAACAGUAUGCUUUUGGCAGUGGGAUACCAUAUCCAUGAAAUUUAAUAACAGGCCAUUGAAAUUCACAGAAAAGCCUAGACCUGGAGUUCAGAUGCUUUGUUCUUCUUUUAGCGUUGGUGGAAUGUUUUUAGUAACUGGAAGUACUGACCAUGUUAUCAGAAUAUAUUAUUUCGGUUCUGAAACUCCUGAAAAAAUUGCAGAACUAGAGAGCCAUGCUGACAAAGUUGACAGUAUUCAGUUUUCAAACAGAGAUGACAGGUUCAUAAGUGGCAGCAGAGAUGGAACAGCCCGAAUCUGGCGAUUUCAGCAAGCAGAGUGGAAGAGCAUUUUGUUGGAUAUGGCUGACAAAUUACCAAGCAGUGACCUGUGUUCAGAGGAGGAUAAAUUUAUGAAACCCAAAGUGACUAUGAUAGCUUGGAGUCGAAACGAUAAUGUAGUGGUUACUGCUGUGAACAAUCAUCUGCUCAAAGUGUGGAAUUCUAUUUCUGGGCAGCUUUUACAUGAUCUCAAAGGACAUGCAGAUGAAGUGUUUGUUUUGGAGCCCCAUCCAUUUGAUUCCAGGAUUAUGUUGUCUGCAGGCCAUGAUGGCAAUAUCUUUAUCUGGGAUAUAGAAAAAGGCAUUCAAAUGAAACAUUAUUUUAAUAUGAUUGAAGGUCAAGGACAUGGCGCUGUGUUUGACUGCAAAUUUUCAUCAGAUGGCCAGCAUUUUACCUGUACAGAUUCUCAUGGACAUCUCUUGAUAUUUGGGUUUGGUUGUAACAAAUCAUAUGAAAAGAUUCCUGAUCAGAUGUUCUUCCACACUGACUAUCGACCACUGAUUCGAGAUUCUAACAAUUAUGUCCUAGAUGAACAGACACAACAGGCACCCCACCUCAUGCCUCCUCCAUUCUUGGUAGAUGUAGAUGGAAAUCCCCACCCAACAAAGUACCAGCGAUUGGUACCAGGAAGAGAGAAUUGUGCAGAUGAACAUCUGAUUCCUCAACUGGGCUAUAUAGCAACAAGUGACGGAGAGGUUAUAGAGCAAGUAAUAGGACAACAGACUGCUGAGCAGGAUGAACAGAAUCUGGAGCCCAGCAUACUUGAUGGCAUGAUUAGACAGCUACAACAAUUGCAGGAUCAAAGAAUUAGCAUAGACCAGGAUAUUGUUUCAGCUAAUCCACACUAUGGACAAGAAACACCUAGAAGAGAUUUCCGCAGGCUAAGCUCAGAUAUUCAGUCACCUCCUAAUAUUGGUCUGAGACGUAGUGGUCAAGUUGAGGGUGUCCGUCAGAUGCAUCAAAAUGCUCCAAGAAGUCAAAUUGCUACAGAAAGAGAUCUUCAGGCUUGGAGACGAAGAGUAGUUGUUCCAGAAAUAACAUUCAGUAUAUUUAGAAAUCAGGAAGAAUAUAGGAUCUCAAAAGGAGAAGAAGAAAAAUGGCUGUAUACAAUAGAGCAGAAAAGGAAGCUGUUUCAGUCCUCAGAAAAGAGUGAUUCUGAAGAUUCAUUGAUGGAAUCUAAGAGAAGGCUUUUUAGGCGCAAAUAUGCGUCAUAUCAAUCACGGAACAACAUUGAGCAAUCUGAUUCUUCCAGUGAAGAUAUAGGUGAUAGUUUUGGAUUCAUUGACCAGGACGCAGAAGAAAGUGAUGGAUUGAGUUUGACUUCCCGUGAAGAAGAAUGGAAGAGUGACAAGAAAUCUAGCAGUGCUAGUUCCAGUGAUUCCUCAAGUCAGUAUUCUGACUGGAUUGCUGAUGCAGGAAUUAACCUACAUCCUCCUGUGAGAACGUCUCAACGUAAAAUCAUUAGAUAUUGUAUUUCUUCUGAAGAUGAAGUGUCAAUAGAAAAAAAUUCUCCACCCAAAAGGAGAAAAAGACGGAAAAAAUAUAAACCGAAAAACCACGAGUCAGCAGACCAAACAUUGUCAACUGAUUUUCAACCUCCUGACUGGAUAACAAACAUCAGACUCCGAAGAUCUCCUUUUGUCCCACAAAUGGGAGAUGAGGUAAUAUAUUUUCGACAAGGCCAUGAAGCUUAUAUUGAAGCAGUAAGAAAGAACAAUAUUUAUGAGUUGAAUCCACAGAAAGAACCUUGGAGAAAAAUGGAGCUUAGGGAUCAAGAAUUGGUAAAAAUUGUUGGGAUACGUUAUGAAGUUGGACCUCCUACACUAUGCUGUCUUAAACUUAACCUCAUGGAUCAUGUUACUGGGCAGCUUCAAGACAAAUCAUUUUCUCUCAAAUACCAUGAUAUGCCAGAUGUUAUUGACUUCCUGGUGUUGCGUCAGUUCUAUGAUGAAGCACUGCAAAGGAACUGGCAACCUUGAAUCCAAAUUGUACUAACUUUUUUGAGUUGUGUACUGCAACAAAUGAAGACAGCAUAGCUGCUACUGAAUCGGAUGAUGAUUAUAAACUAAGGACAUCUUCUAGGAAAAGACAAUUGUUGAAAGGAAAAAAUAUUACAAAAUCACGUUAUGAUGAAAACAGAUGGAGGAAACAAUGUAUGGAACUUGUUAAUCUAAUUUUCCAGUGUGAGGAUUCAGAACCCUUUAGACAGCCUGUUGAUCUGGAGCGGUACCCUGACUACAGAGAAAUUAUAGACACACCAAUGGACUUAGCCACAAUAAAGGAAACACUAGAAGCUGAAAACUAUGAUACUCCAAUGGAACUGUGCAAAGAUAUCAGACUAAUAUUUAGCAAUGCUAAAGCAUAUACCCCAAACAAAAAGUCUAAGAUAUAUAGUAUGACACUGAGAUUAUCUGCACUGUUUGAGGAAAAAAUUAGCAGAAUUAUCUCUGACUUUAGAACUGGGCAAAAGCACAAUGAAAGAAUAUGGAGAAGUGAGAGAUCCAGCAGAAAGUUGCAAAGUCUGAAUAAAUCUGUACAACGCUCUGCCAAAAUACUGAGAAACGCAAAACAGAAGCAGUGUAAAUCUCAAACAGAAAUUCAGUCUGAGGCAGAAAACUCUUCUAAUCAAAAUACAUCAGGCAAAAAAUCCUGUGUCACAAGCCAUAAGGUGUAUACUACCAGUUGUACUCGUAGUAUUGCUGGAAUGUCUUCUGACUCUACCUCUGCAUCGUAUUUUGGAUCAAAUACAAGGACCAGAAACACAGCAGUAGCACACAGUAGUACAUUAUCAACAGCUUCACAAGGGGAUGCAGAUAGCCAAAGGACUACAAGGAAAAGGAUAUGGGAAAGAAAAACUGAUACUUCAAAUGAACAUUAUGAAACUUUGAGCAAUAGAUUUUGUAGGUAUAGGAAAAUACCACGCAGAAGUGCUACUGUGGCAGCUAAUAAAUUAAGAAUGAUGAGUGAUGUGGAAGAAGAGUUCUUCAGCUCAGAAAGUGGUGGUACCAGAAAUAAAAACAGAAAACGACCUCAUCGCAAUGCUUCUGCUGCAGCCAGAAAGUUAUUAUUAAAUGAUUCUGAAGAAGAAAGUUCCAUGCAUUCUGAAAGUGACAAAGAAUUGGAAGAUCAGUCUGACAGAAGAAAAGCUCCUAAAACUGAACAUUUUGCUGUUAAAAAAAGGCAUAGUAGUGGAUCUGAAAGUGGUAAUUCAAAUUCUGAGAGUGGGAUGAAAAAAACACCAAAGAGGUACUCUGUUAAAGAUUAUAAAAAACGUUUGAGAACUGUUUGCCGUGUAUCUCCCAAAAUGAAACACAUCCCAGAAUGUUCAGUAGAUGACUCUAAACACCAUAUAUCAGAUGAUGAGAGUGUUCAGAAAACAGUUCAUCAAUUGUCAUCUUCAUACGAAAUUAAUGCCAAUAGCAGCUCUGAGACAGAUUCUGAGCAAGAAUGUAAAGUUUUACCAAGACACGCUUUUACAAGGGCAUCAUUUCGCUUCAGGAAAGGUAAAAUAUUGAGUGAUUCAGAAGUGGAAUCAGGAAGGGAUGAUGAGACACCUUCUUCUUCAAAGAUCAGAAUAUUUUCUGAAACUUCAAAACUUGGCCAAAAUGACUCAUCUAAUUUAGAAUCUGGAACCGACAGCAGCCACUCAAGAAAAAGUCAGGGAAGGAAAGGCAUCAGGAAAGAUUCUGUUGCCAAAGCAAAUGGGCUCAGCAAAUCUACCAGAAAAAGACCAUUCCAAAGUGAUUGUCAGACAGGAGCUUGUAAAUCGGAAUACAUCUAUGGAAAAUUGCCCCUUAGAAGUGAUACUGUUACUGUUACUGUUAAUAAAUUAAGUCUUGCGAAUGAUGAGGAAGACUUCACCAAUUCAGAAACUACUAGAACCUACAGUGACAAUAAUAGAAAACUGAACUGUCGCAGUAUUGUUUCUGCAACUAGAAAGCAAUUAGAUAGCUCAGCAGAUGGAAGCCAAGAGUCUGGUGAAGCAAAAAGGAAACAGUACUGUAGAAGAAAGUGUAUUCAGUCUUCCACAGCUGCCAAGAUAGAUGGUAGUGACUCUGAAAACAGUUCAUAUUCUGAAAGUGCUGAAAGAAAAAAAAUGCAUAUUAAAAAAGCCCAUAUGCACAAGCCUAGAACUCCAUAUGAUAGAAGUAUAAAUCCCAUUCUAGAGAAAAGUCUGAAAAGCCACCUGUCAAAGGAUAGAAAUCCUGAUAAACAUCCUAUAUUUACACAUAAUACUAUAGUCACUUCUGACUUAGAGGGAGAUUCAGAAUUAAACCAAUAUAAUGACAAUAUUAAAGAGUUUCAGAAGACUGUAGAUUCUUCAGGAAAAUCAAAAAAUGAAUCUGACAUACAGCACAAAGGAAAUGGAACUGAUUCUCUGCCAAAUAGCAAAGAAUCUUCAAAAACUCCAAAAUCUAAAACCAGAGUAGAUUCCAGCUGCCAGUCUGAUUUGGAAAUCAAAUCUUGCAACAAUGCUAGCAACUACAGUGUUAUCAAAACACAACCCAAGAAAAAGAAAGAAAAAACAGAGGAAGGAAGAAUUAAGGAAGAAUCAGCUUCUCAGCUAUUGAACCAAAGCCCAAUAGUACUCAGGAACAGAAAUAUUUACAAAAGUUGUACAGAGUUGAAUAACAUGUCAAUGACUAUUAAAGCCCUCAAUGGAAAGAAAAUUCCACGUCGAAGUGCUGCUGUAGCUGCAAGCAAAAUAAAACUUAUUAGUGAUGCAAAGGAAGAAUUCUCAGGCUCAGAAGUUGGAUACUGUAGAAAAAAGAACAGAAUACGUCCACUCCGCAGUGCCUCUGUUGCAGCUAGAAAAGUACUGGAUGAUUUACCUUCACUCUCAGAUAGUGGAACAGAACUGAAAGGACAUAAGAUAAAGGGGAGAAAUAAUCAAACUUGUUCUUAUUCACCUAGGCAAUCUAAUAAAAUACUAAAAACAAGAUGUUUAGAUGCUGAAGAAGAAAGUGUGUUAAAACAGAGGAGGAGUCAUAGCAAUGGCUCAAGACAAGUUUCUAUCAAAUCUGAAUAUAAAAAAAUCACAGUAAAACAUUUUGAUGACUCUUCCAGCAGCAUUACAUCUGAGGAACAAAAAAGUUCAAGUCAAGAUAAUGUAACAAGUGACUCUGCUGCAGACUCUGAACUGGAAAAGGAAUAUAAUUUUACAAAUGUGAGGAACACCAGGCACAAUGGAGAAAGAGACAACAUGGAACAAAGUGCUUUGUCAAAGAAUAAACAACUAGGCAUUCCAGAGAGCUCAAAAUCUGAACCUGAUAGAAGUUCCCAUUUUUCUUCUGAUUCGGAAACUCAAACAGAAUCCAAACCAAUCAAUAAUAAUGGAGGCGUAAAAACAACUAAAAGGAAAAGGAAAGCCACACCAGCAAAUAAAAAUGGCUUUUCUGAAUCUUCCAGAAUACCUCAGAGAAGGAAACGGCCAAAAGUGAAUGAAGAGAAUGAUUCUGACGAAUUACAUUACACAAAAUACAAACCAAUAAAUCGACGCUCCAAAGUCAAAACUAGAAAUAGGGGCAGGCGAACGGUAAGAUAUGCAGAUGAUGAAGAGGAUUGUGAAACAUGAAGAUCUAGCCCACUUUCCUUUUAUUAGUGAUACUAGACUUACGUUGGAACUUCUCUUCCUCUAAUUCAGGGAAUAUAUUUAUAUUUUUCUAUGAAAAAGUUAAAUGUGGAAGCUCUGUUUUGAUAACAUGACUUGCACUUGCCUAUCUGUGCACAUAUGCCAAAAUGUGCCUCAUUGUGAAGGCAGAACUGUUGUCUUUAAUAAUAUUUUGUUUGUUAGUGUAGUAAGUGGUAAGAGGGGUAAACAUUAGAUAACAGCUUUAAUGCUGUUUGAUUAAAUAGCAUGGUGCUGCAGAUUGAGACUACCUAUGUCAUACUAUAUUAGUGUGUUAAGAACCAGAUGAAUCUGACUACCACAGUGUUUAAUAUUUAAUUGAUCAGUAAUGAAUAGAAUUAACUAGUAUAUAUUGUAAACAAAUCUUAAUAGUUACUAAUUUUAAAGAACAAAAAUGUGAAAAAUGGCUACCAAAUAUUAUAGCAACUUGUAAAAAUGAGCAGUGCUAUUGAUUUGAGAAAAAAACAGCUUGAACAAAUAGAUAAUUAAAUGUUUAUUGAUUUUAUAAAUAUGUGGAUUAAAAUUUGUUGUCAUUUCCUUUUAACAUAUGGCACCCAUGCUGUAAAUUUAAGUUCAUUAGGAUACAGGUCUUUAUUUUGUGUGAAAAUUUGUUGUUUUGUGCUUUUUCUUUAAAACGAUUAAAGCUUCUGUUCUGUAGAAUACUAUAUUUAAAGUGUUAUUGGUAAAGUUUAAUAUUUACUAAAGUUCUUCAAAUUUAAUUAUUUAUAAUUCAGAUUGGUAGUGCAAUUGAACCACUCCACCGCUUGAUUUAACUAAAUAAAGCACCUUCAUGUUGGUGGUGUUUAAGUUGGCAUUGUUGAAAUAAUAAAAUCAUUACUUUUCAUGUAACAUGAAAAAUGGGAAGUACAUGCUGCUUUGUAAGCGUAUACAUAAUGAGAUGUUAGUGACUUCCUUUUCAAAAGUAUUAUUAACGACUUUCAGUUUUAUUUUUCUCUUCAGGCCUCCUGAAAUUUUAUUUUGAGAACUAUUUAUUCAGGGUUAUGUAUGUGAUAUUUUUAUGAAACAAAACCCUGAAUGUUGGUUUUGUCUUCCACUUUUUUGAUUUCUCAAAAUAAAAUUGUCCCGAUAAGAUGGUUGUCUACAAAUUCUAAUAUUCAGAAUUCUUUAUUUUUGUAUGUUGUUUAAAAUGUGCUUCAGAGAAAAAUUGCACAUUUCUGAAUUUUAAGUGAAGAUGAAUGUAAUACAUUUUAUUUACGAACUUAAAAGUGUAAUUUUGUUUUUAAAGUAACAAAUGAUAAAAAGAAAUCCCAAAGUUCAGUUAUUUUUCUGAAGUGCACUGCCCAUAAAAUGCACUUUUAUUUGCAAUUUUGGAAUAAUCUUGAAUUUUAACUGUCUGUGUUCUAUAUAUAUUAUAGAAAACUAAUACAACAUUAAAUAGUUUCACUCAAAGCGUUUAAAGUAUUAGAAUGAAUAAUGAAUUUUCCCAAUGACAUACAAUAAAUGGAAUGUUCUCAAAUGA